AUGUUCGUGGUCCCCGCCGUCUCUGUCUCUUUUAGCCUUAGUUUCUUGGCAUUCUGUUUUUUAUGGACCUCUGCGCAAGGGCUAAGGUGGGCUAUAAUGUGCUCUGGGGAUGCUCGCCUUCCCCAAACAACCACUCAGGGGUCUCCCUGCAAAUGUCUAAAUAUGGGGGAUUCUACCUGGACCUUCUCCUCCUUUUGGUCACCUUAUCAAACUCGUCUCCUUCCUGCUUUGUGUGAGUGCCUCUCACCAUCACUGCGAAGGUCAAUCCUUAUCAAUCGACUGAACACGCGGCCAGGUGAACGGUUGCACAACGGUCGUAAAAAUAUUAUCUAUUUCUUUCCGGUCAGUCCUUGGAUUUCCAGAAUUGCCCAUCACCUAAUCUCAGUUCUCAUAGAAUCCAGAUGGUCUCUUUGUUUUUCCUCACCGGCGGACGAGAAAUUUAAUUACCUUCUUCUAUUUUUUUUUCCAAUAAAAAAAAAACAAACAAAUAUCCUUUUCUUUCAUUUUCCUUCGUCUGGUCAUCGGUAUAUCUUCCGUCUAUCGGAAUUUAGUGUUUUUCAAUUUACUAGCGCCUUUCCAGCAGUGUCACAUCCAUGA